GAAGAACAGGGCUGGUGUAACUGCUGGCAGAUCAGCCACUCAAACCUGAGUGGUACAAUGCUGCCCCCUGCUAGAAGUGCUGUUUGAUAAUCAGGUGUGUCUAACAGGAAGAGCAAAGUAAAUUUUCUCACAGGUAAAGCUUUAGUUACAUCGUCAAACUUUAAAAAAAAUUCUAAUGUAUGUUUUCCAGAAAUUAAUGAAUUUCAGAAAAAAAAUGUAUGGGAGGGAAAAACAAUGCGAGACUGAGAAGAACAGAGAUUUGAGAGGAGGUUUAAAGAGGCUUUUUUACCUGCCGAUUGAGUAACAGCAGUAAGUGAAACUGAAACUUAAGCUACUGGAUUUAGCAGAAAUCAUUACUGAGCUCAGAUCAGACUGAGACAGAAUGGCGUCUGGAUCUUCCCUCCUGGAAGAGGAACUCUCCUGUCCUGUGUGCUCUGAAAUCUUCAGGGAUCCUGUUCUCCUGAGUUGCAGUCACAGCUUCUGUAAGGCCUGUCUGCAGCAGUACUGGGAACAGAAGGAAUCUCAGGAGUGUCCAGUUUGCAGGAGAAGAUCUUCGAAGGCACACCCUCUUGCUAACUUGUCCCUGAGGAAUGCCUGUGACGCUUUCUUAAAGGAGAGAAGUCAGAGAGCUAAAGCAGGAUCUGAAGUGCUCUGCAGUCUGCACAGUGAGAAACUCAAACUCUUCUGUUUGGAUGAUGAUGACCCCAUUUGUGUUGACUGUUUAAGAGAAAAACACAGAAAUCACAACUUCUGUCCAAUAGAGGAGGCUGCUCUGAAAUAUAAGGAGAAACUCAGCACUGCACUGGCUUCACUGCAGGAGAAGCUAAAUGCCUUUAAUGCAGUGAAACUAAUCUGUGAUCAAACAGCAGAGCACAUCAAGAGCCAGGCCCAGCACACAGAGAGACAGAUAAAGAUGGAGUUUGAGAAACUUCAGCAGUUCCUAAAAGAUGAAGAGGCAGCCAGGAUCACUGCACUGAGGGAGGAAGAGGAGCAGAAGAAUCAGAUGAUGAAGGAGAAGAUUGAGAAGAUGACAGAAGAGAUAUCAUUCCUUUCAGAACAAAUCAGAGCCAUAGGACAGGAGCUGGGAGCUGAAGACGUCUCAUUUCUGCAGAGCUACAAAGAUGUGGAGAAACGAGCCCAGUGCACACUGGCGGAUCCAGAGAAUGUCUCAGGAGCGCUGAUUGAUGUGGCCAAGCACCUGGGCAAUCUGAAGUACAGAGUGUGGGAGAAGAUGCUGGGGACUGUUCAAUACACUCCUGUGACUCUGGACCCAAACACAGCACAUCUCCUCCUCUCACUGUCUGAGGAUCUGACCAGUGUGAGACUCAGUGGUGAGAGACAGCAGGUUCCUGAAAAUCCAGAGAGAUUUGAUAGGAGCUGUUUUGUGCUGGGCUCUGAGGGAUUCAGCUCAGGGAGACACUGCUGGGAUGUAGAUGUGGGGGAUGGAGAUUACUGGGUGGUGGGUGUGGCUAAAGAGUCCAUCAGCAGGAAUAGCACUUUGGAUCUGAGCCCAGCAGGAGGAGUGUGGGGUAUACGGCGGCUCUUUCCGCGUUAUGAAGCCCUGACCUCCCACCUUACAGCCCUCACUGUGCAGAGGGAACUCCAGAGGGUCAGAGUGCAGCUGGACUGGGACAGGGGGGAGGUGUCAUUCUCUGACCCCAGUGACAACACUCCUCUCUACACUUUUAAACACUCCUUCACUGAGAGAGUGUUUCCAUUCUUCUGGUUUGGUCCUCUGCAGAUCUGUCCACUGAAGGUGUCUGUAAGAGUGGAAUAG